AUGGCCCUGAGGAAUUUUGGGAUGGGGAAAAAAAGCAUUGAGGAGCGGAUCCAGGAAGAAUCUCAGUACCUGGUAGAGGAGAUGGGGAAAACCAAAGGUUCUCCCUUUGACCCCACCCUCGCUGUCACGCACUCGAUCGCCAACAUCAUCUGCUCCAUUGUCUUUGGGAACCGCUUCGACUACAAGGGCCAGAAAUUCCUGAAUUUGAUAGGCAGCAUCAACAACUUAUUCUUGGAUAUGAGCAGUAUCUCAACUGUGCUUUGGACACUUACCAAAGACAAGGUGCAGGAGGAAAUCGACCGCGUCAUAGGGCGGACCCACAGCCCAGCCAUGAACGACCGAGGCCGGAUGCCGUACACCAACGCCGUGAUCCACGAGAUCCAGAGACUGGCUAACAUCCUUCCAUUUGGGGUCCCCCACAAAGUGACCUGCGACACCCACUUCCAGGGGUACCUUCUCCCCAAGGUGCUGCCUCACAAGGUGCAGGAGGAAAUCGACCGCGUCAUAGGGCGGACCCACAGCCCAGCCAUGAACGACCGAGGCCGGAUGCCGUACACCAACGCCGUGAUCCACGAGAUCCAGAGACUGGCUAACAUCCUUCCAUUUGGGGUCCCCCACAAAGUGACCUGCGACACCCACUUCCAGGGGUACCUUCUCCCCAAGGAUACAGAUGUCUGCACGGUCUUGGGCACAGUCCUCCAGGACCACAAAUACUUCAAGGAUCCAGAAAGCUUUCACCCGGAGCAUUUCCUGGACGAGGAAAGCCACUUCAAAAAGAAUGAUAGCUUUCUGCCGUUCGGCACAGGAAAGAGGGGGUGUCUGGGCAAGAGCCUGGCCCUCGUGGAGCUCUUCCUGAUGCUGACCACCAUCCUGCAGCGCUUCACCCUGAAAUCACCAAUACCCGCGCAGGAAAUCGACCUCGCCCCAAGAGCAAAUGGACUUGGGAUUGUUCCUCCAAGCUAUGAGCUCUAUGCCCUCCCACAGGAGGAAGGGCUGCACGACAGUGUCUCAGAAAUGGCAGUGUUGUAG